CUUGUGUUUGUGUGAGAGCUCAAUAAAUGUUUCAGAAGACUAGAAUGAUACACACUGCUGAUUCCACAACUACGCAAUAACAGAGCAGGACUCACGCAUGCGAGAACUAAGCACACGAAAAAUAACCAAGUACACCCUAGUCGUCCAAAGAAGUUUGGUUUAGUGCGGUCCAUCAACACAUCACUAGUGCUGCCUCCACUAACACAUCGUAAUAUAGUGCAGCAGACUGGAAGGAAGGAAGGAAGCAUAUGCCAACGCACAGAAAAAUGGACUCCAAAGCCACUAUUAAACUUGUGAUAAGUUUCUGCUACUUCCUGUUCGUCUGCUUGAUGUAUUUCAGCAGAAGUGCGACAUCAUUGAGGAGUCAGCGGGCAUUAUACACGUGCAAUGGUUCCAUAGCAGAGUGCAACGAAGAAGAUGAGCUGCUGAUGGAGUCUGACAUAAGCAGGAGGUUUUUGGAGGAGAAGAAGUAUAUUUCUGAAGGAGCUCUCCAGAGGGACAAGCCUGUUUGUAAUGGUGGGGGAAGUGGUGAAGCUUACAGCAGAUCUGGUAUCUCCGAACAAAGCCAUGCUGAUGCAGGGCAUCCAAACUUGGAGAUCAUGAUCAGGGUCUUGCCAUCGAUUAACAAACCUGAUUUGGAGGAGAAGCACCAAUAUUUGAAUAGGUUGUCCCUUUUAUUUCAUUUUAAAAUAACAAACGGAGUAAUUCUAAUCGUUAUGCUUUGUUUGAACAAAUAAAUUUUGGAUGUUAUUUUAGCUUUCUAUUAACUUUUCGAUAGCUGGAGUGUCUACUAGGACAUUGGACACCCUCGAAUUCAAUGUAUAAGAAUAUAACAUCUGCAGUUGCAGGCUGAUAUCGCUAGAACCCACACCGUUACAGGACUUACUUAAGAAGU